GCUACGCCCAACUGUUUUAGAAGAGCAGUUUCCCAGAUGUCUCCUUGGAACUGCAAGCAAGAGGGAAGCACUACCCGUGAGCAGAUGCCUGGUUCAUUCCCACUCUGUGUGGCAUUGACGCAGCUUUGGCUGACUCUACUGGUUGUAACCCCUGUCAAUGGAGUGUAUGAAGCCGCACUGCAGUCUGUGGUUUCCCUUCAGCCUCCAUGGACCACUUUCUUUCGAGGAGAGGCCGUCAUGCUGACUUGUUAUAGAUUUGGCUUCUACAUACCCCAGAAAAUAAAAUGGUACCAGAAAAGAAAAACACUGAAGCAAACCCAAGGCGUUUUGGUAGGUAAAGCACCUACCUUAGAGGUCCGUGAGUCUGGAGAGUAUUGGUGCCAAGCCGACGGCUUACUUCCCAGCAUGCACGUGUACUUAGAGUUUUCUGAAGCUUCUCUGGUGCUGCAAGCUCCACCUGCUGUGUUUGAAGGAGACUCUGUGGUUCUGAGGUGUCACACAAAGAAAAGCCUAGGAGCAGAGACCCUGAAACUUUACAAGAAUGGCGAAGCUCUGGAAUUACCUCAUCAAAGUUCUGAGCUCCAUAUUCGUCAUGCAAAUCUGAAGGACAACGGUCAAUACAAAUGCAGUGGGAAGCAGGCAUGGAGUUUGAGGUCCCCCUAUUAUUCCAAUGCAGUCAGAGUUCAAGUCCAAGAGUUGUUCCCACAUCCUGUGCUGAUGGCCAGACCCUCCCAACCCAUAGAUGGAAGUCCAGUGACCCUGACGUGUCAGACCCAGCUCCCUGCACAGAAAUCAGAUGCCAGGCUCCAGUUCUGUUUCUUCAGAAACCUCCAGCCUCUGGGGUCAGGCUGCAGCAGCACCUCAGAGUUUCACAUUCCUGCCAUAUGGGCUGAAGAGUCAAUGUGGUACCAGUGCAAGGCCGAAACAGUGAAUUCCCAAGCUAGAAAACAAAGUACAGCAUUCAUAAUUCCAGUGCAAAGAGCCUCUGCGGAAUUCCAAACACACAUCGUCCCAGCCUCAAAGUUGGUGUUUGAAGGGCAGUUGCUGUUACUCAACUGCUCAGUAAAAGGAGUCCCAGGGCCCCUCAACUUCUCCUGGUAUAAAAGGGACAUGCUGAAUAAAGAAACAAAGAUUCUUAAGUCCUCCAAAGCAGAAUUCAAGAUCUCCCAGGUGAACAUCAGUGACGCAGGGGAGUAUCACUGUGAAGCUAACAACAGCCGCCGAAGCUUUGUCAGCAGGGCAGUUCCCAUCACCAUAAAAGUCCCAGUAUCUCAACCAGUUCUCACCCUUAGCACGGGCAAGACCCAGGCCCUUGAGGGAGACUUGAUGACACUUCAUUGUCAAUCCCAGAGGGGCUCUCCAUGUAUCCUGUAUGAAUUCUUCUAUGAGAAUGUCUCCCUGGGGAACAGCUCUACACUCUCUGGAGGAGGAGCAUCCUUCAAUUUCUCUAUGAGCAAAGAACAAUCUGGAAACUACUACUGCACAGCAGACAACGGCCUGGGAGCCCAGCGCAGUGAAGCUAUAAGGAUCUCUGUCUUUGACAUGACAAAGAACAGAAGCGUUCCUGUGGCCACCGGAAUCACUGUGGGACUGCUCAUCAUGGCUGUUGGAGUGUUUCUGUUUUAUUGUUGGUUCUCUAGAAAAGCAGGAGGAAAGCCUGCCUCUGAGGCCUCCAGGAGCCCUUCAGAUUCAGAACCCCAGGAGCCCACCUAUUACAAUGUACCAGCCUGUAUAGAACUGCAGCCAGUGUACAGCAAUGACCCUGUAGAAAACGUGAUUUACACAGAAGUACGGAGAACUCAGCCAAGACGGAAACAUGCAGAUCAGGAGUCUGAAAGUCCAAGAUCAAGGUGCCAGAUGGCUGAGAAAAACUAGGACAUGUCUCCUCCAAGAACAGCUCCAGAGAAGCAACCCGAAGCUGCUUCAGUCUACUCUCACCGAUGCUUCUACUGGGCCUGCACUUUCCGACCCACGGAAAGAUCGUGGACAGCAAGGAAACAGCCAACUCUCCUAAGACUGGUCCAACAUCCCCAUCCCUAUUUUCUUUGGUUUCCCAGAGACAGGCUACCCCAAAAUCAGCAGGAAGUGGCAAAAGAUCACAAUGACCUUGUUCCUGUUUCACCACC